AUGGAGGAGAGGGACGGAGGCGAGGAGGAGGACGAGAGUCAAGUGAGAUUGAUAGAUCGACUACUGGCUAGUCAGUCUGCAGAGGUAGACGGGCAGGUAGCAGAGAACCUACGAGCCAGAGUCUUUGGGAAGACAGGGGGGACCUGUCAGAUUCCGGCGAAGCGGUCCCCCUCGACUGACCUCUCUGUCGAGAGGAAGAUUCUGAAAUUGAACUCGACAGCGAGCGCAGCGGUACAGCCUCGUUCUGGUGUUGUGAAGUUGACGUCGAGCGCUGUCUCAACGACCGGGGUGGACUUGUCGGCUGAAGGGGGUGCGUACAACGCACCGAAGCUACAGCUCGGCACAGGAGGAGCAAAGGCCGGCUCAAUCAAAGGAACCUCCAAAGAGCUCGAGCGGCCGUACCUGCGACUCCACUUCGUCCCCGACCCCAGCACGAUUCGUCCCCAGCACAUCUUGGUGGAAGCGCUGAAAUUGGUGAAGAAAAAGUGGAUUGAAAACCAGGAUUUUCCACAUGCGACAGAACAGCUCAUGGCAAUCCAACAAGAUUGCAAACUACAAGGAAUUGAGGGGACGAUAGCUUGUGAUGCUUAUGAAACACACAUUCGUAUUGCUCUUGAAAGAGCCGAUCUCGCGGAGUUCACAAGAUGCCUGUCAUCACUAUCAUCAUUGUACCAUAGUGCUAUCUUGCAUGGCGAGACUUGGAGUCCUUUCACGAACGAGUUCAUUGCAUAUCGGAUGCUACAUGGAAUGAGAUUAGAAAAAGACCUCCUUGAAAACAUCUCUUGUGAAUUAUGUAGAAUUUCUCCUGAACAAAGGUCGGACUCAGACAUCCAUUUUGCCAUCUCAGUAGGGAAGUCGCUAAUGGCUAGAGAUUUUUCUACUUUUUUCCGUCUGUAUGCAAAUGCUCCCAAGAUGGCUGGGCAUGUGAUCGAUUUUUUCGUUGACCGAGUCCGGGAAACGGCCUUGCAGACUUAUAUCAAGGCAUGCCAGCCCGACAUACAUCUUGACGACCUGAAGCACAUGUUGUGCUUCGAGAAGCGUAAACAAUGCUUUCGCUUCCUGAGAGAGAGGGGGGUGGUUAUGUCCGACGAUAAGAGGCUUGUACUCACCAAGGAUUCGUUGAAGAGCUUCAAGGUUUCGUAA